AUGUUCAAUACGGGGAACAUCUAUAUCAUUGCUGCCGUCUCCGUCAUAGGAGGCGGUCUUUUCGGCUUUGAUAUCUCGUCGAUGUCUGCUAUCCUCGGCACCGACCAGUACAAGUGCUAUUUCAACCAGUAUGGCGACGGCCAGUGUGGUGGUCCCCGGCCUGCAGUCCAGGGCGGCAUCACUGCAGCCAUGGCCGGUGGCUCCUGGCUCGGAGCUCUGAUAUCUGGCUUCGUCUCUGAUAUGAUGGGACGAAAGAAAGCCAUCAUGGUUGGAGCCGUUAUCUGGAUCAUCGGCUCCGUAAUCACCUGUGCGUCCCAGAAUAUUGGCAUGUUGAUUGCUGGCCGGGUCAUCAACGGUUUGAGUGUUGGUAUCUGCUCUGCACAGGUGCCCGUCUAUAUCUCGGAAGUCGCACCUCCUACCAAACGUGGCCGUCUCGUCGGAUGCCAGCAGUGGGCAAUCACCUGGGGCAUCCUCAUCAUGUUCUAUUUUAUCAAGGGUCCAGCUGCCUUCCGUGUCCCAUGGGGGCUACAGGCUAUCCCAGCCGUCCUUCUCUUCUUCGGCAUGAUGCCACUCCCCGAGUCUCCUCGAUGGCUCGCUCGUAAAGACAGAUGGGAUGAGUGCCACGCGGUACUGACUCUGGUUCACGGUCAUGGCAAUCCAAACUCCCCCUUCGUCCUCCGCGAACUCCAGGAGAUCAAGGAUAUAUGCGAGUUUGAAAAACGAAACGCCGAUGUCUCCUACUUGGAGCUCUUCAAGCCCAACAUGAUCAACCGUACUCAUAUCGGCGUCUUCACCCAAAUCUGGAGUCAGUUGACUGGCAUGAACGUGAUGAUGUACUAUAUCACAUAUGUCUUCGGAAUGGCUGGCUUGACCGGAAACACCCUUCUAGUUUCCAGCAGCAUCCAAUAUGUCAUCAACGUCGCCAUGACGGUCCCGGCCUUACUCUGGAUCGACCGCUGGGGUCGACGUCGCCCUCUCCUGGUCGGCGCGUUCUUCAUGAUGACAUUCUUGUUUGUAAAUGCCGGCUUGCUGGCAGGUCGUGGACAUCCAGCUCCGCCAGGAGGCCUCAAUGGCGUCGAAGCUGAAUCCUGGGAGAUCACCGGGCCCCCGAGCAAAGCUGUGAUUGCAUGCUCUUACCUCUUCGUCGCCUCCUUCGCCCCGACCUGGGGACCUGUAUCCUGGAUCUAUCCCCCAGAGCUCUUCCCCCUUCGCGUCCGUGGAAAGGCCGUUGCCCUCGCAACUUCGGCAAAUUGGGCCUUCAACUUCGCACUCGGCUACUUUGUGCCUCCAUCCUUUGUCAACAUUCAGUGGAAAACAUACGUGCUGUUCGGUGUCUUCUGUGCCGCCAUGUUCAUCCACGUCUACUUUAUGUUCCCUGACACUGCGGGUAAAACCCUGGAGGAGGUAGAACAGAUCUUCACUGAUCCCAAGGGCACCAAAUACAUUGGCACGCCGGCCUGGAAGACGAGGAGCACUUUCCGUCGUGCUGCACAGCUGGAGGAGCAUGGCGUCGUCCAGUCGGAUAAGUUGGAAACCAGCCAGUCCUCCUCCAACUUGCAGGGCAGUACAGACGUCAAGGAGGCCAUCAACAUGCAUGCCAUGAAGGAAGAGUCGAAGAUGCCGCUCAUGGCUGGCGGAAAUACAGAGUCUCCCCAGCACAAGUUGCGACACCAAAACGGCCUGUCGACGAGCAAACCUCAUUCUAAACGGAGAAGAGCAAGAUCGUGGCUCCGUCGGUCGAGAGAUAUCUGCUUUAAACACACAUGGAUCUUGCCUCUGGCCCUCCUUGUGGCCCUCCUCGCCGCAUACGCCGUAAACCCAUCAGAGUCGAACCCCAUACACGCUGGUAUAUUUCUUUCCUACCCACUGCCUCCGGAAACGCCGGGUGGGCCAGUUCUCUACGGCAAGGGGAAACUAGACAUUGCGUUCGUUGCGUUCUACACAAUUGCGCUCUCCUUUACCCGCGAAUUCUUGAUGCAAUGCGUUAUCCGGCCGUGGGCGGUAUACGCUGGGAUCAAGGGCCGCUCGAAGACUACCCGGUUCAUGGAACAGGUGUACACGGCAAUCUACUUUAGUGUGUUUGGGCCGUUCGGAUUGUACGUGAUGAAGCAGACGAAUAUCUGGUACUUCAACACCACGGCCAUGUUUGAGGGGUUCCCGCACAAGGCCCAUACCGCUGAUUUCAAGGCGUAUUACCUUCUCGAAGCCGCCUACUGGGCACAGCAGGGGCUCGUACUGCUGCUUCAGCUCGAAAAACCGCGGAGGGACUUUAAAGAAUUGGUCGGGCACCAUAUAAUUACCCUGGCGCUUAUCGCAUUGAGUUACCGCUUCCACUUCACUUAUAUUGGACUCGCCGUAUACAUCACCCACGACAUCUCUGACUUCUUCCUUGCAACGUCAAAAACUCUCAACUAUCUCGACUCCCCGAUAAUCACCCCUUUCUUCGCUAUUUUCGUUGCUGUCUGGGUUUAUAUGCGACACUAUCUCAAUCUCCACAUUCUCUGGGCUGUCCUGACCGAGUUCCGGACUGUCGGUCCUUUCGAAGUCGACUGGGCAGCCGGACAGUACAAGUUCUGGCUCAGUCAAUACAUUACGUUCGGCCUCCUAGGCUCCCUCCAGGCCAUCAACCUAUUCUGGCUCUACCUUAUUAUCCGUAUCGCCAAAACGUACGUCUUCAGCAACGCGUUGCAAGAUGAACGAAGUGACAAUGAGGACGAGGACGAGAUCGAAGAUGCUACGGCAAACGGUGAUGGGAACGGGGUCAAUAGUAUCCCGACUUUGCUUGUCAACGGCCACGCUACAAAGGAGAACGCCGAUCCAAUUGGAAACGGAUCAGCUACCGGGUUAGCCAACGGCAACGCAAACGGCACUGCCACGAAACGCAAAUGA